AUGACAAUUGUAUCGAUUGUAGGUACUAUCCUAGUGGCGGUGGGGUCAUUGGUGGUGAUUAACCGAUAUUUCUCGUUUAAGUUGCAUAAGAAUACAUACCCCGUAACGUUAUCCUUGCUUUCGCUGAAUAUGAUGAUACUAUUAUCUACAACAUAUUUACUACCGUUGGAUUUGUAUUAUAGUGCUACUAGUGGUUCAAGUUACGAAGAUCCUGUUUCUAAUAGCACUGUUUUAUUGCAGAGAAGCACUGAAUCUCUGACUAAAUUAUUACAUACUAAAUUGGAUGCGGUACAGCAUAAUUAUAGAAUCAUUUGGUUGAUAAUAUAUUGGUUAGAAUUUGUUCUAUGUUGGAUAACAAUCCCAAUUUUGAUAUCAUACGUUUCAUUGAAAUAUUAUGCCUCUAGAGUUGAAGUAAAAGAAAGAAUUAAGAAAGCAAUUUUCCAGAAUAUUAAAUUUUACCUUAUCUCUGCUGUAGGGAUAAUAAUAGGAAUAAUUUAUUUAAUUGCAACUACAGGUCAUGCAAUUGGUGAUUUGAAAUCUUUGUUGAUUUCUUUGGCUCAUCUAUAUUCAUUGAGCUAUAUGCUUCUUUUAUUAUCUUCAGGACUGAUCUUAUUGCCAUCUCAUUUGUUAUCCCAAGGAAGAUUACCUACGGAGGAAUCAAAUAAUAGACUUUUCGUUGAAUUAAGUAAAACUAACGAUGAUAUGAACGAUUCUCAACUAGUAAUGAACGAGAAUGCAACUAUCAUCUUACAAACGCCAGAGUUGAACAAUGGCGAUGUUACAUUCAAUGACGUACUUUCUAAUUGUAAAAUUGAAGUUCAAUCGUUGCUUGCAGAGUUGAAGAUUACAAAUCCAAACUCAGUAUUGCAUUCACAGGCAAAUAUUGUUACUCUAGAUAAACUGAACAGUGUCUACAACAAGUUCAUUACCCAAUAUUACAAUUUCCUGUAUUAUAGAGAACAUUCGAAUUCAAUUAUUCAUACAUUAGCACACGCAAAUUCACCUUCAGUAUCUAACUUAAAAAGAUUAGUGAUAAUAUUUUUUGGAAUUAUUUGUAUGUUUCUAUCCAUUUUGGUGUUCUUCUUGGAAUUAAUACCAAUAAGAUGGGCUCAUGGAUGGUUAUUUUUUGGUUCCAGGUGGUACAAUUUCAGUUUACAGUUCAUCAUUUUAUCUUAUAAUACCCUAGUUUCACUGUAUGCAAUGAGUAAAUUUAAGUUCAGCAACUUCCAUUUAAUCCCAAAUGGAAGAAGCAAUCCUUCAAAUGCAUUAUACUACUCUCUGUACUCAAGUAGAUUGUUAUUCCCCAUUUGUUUCAACUUGAUGAGUUUGAUACCAACCAACAACGACACUAUUGCUUCAAAAAGUAGUUUUGAAACUACUCUUUACUAUGACUUAAAAAUUAUCCCAUUGGUGAAUAUGUUAAAUAGAUAUGCUCCAAUCGUUUUCAUGAUAUUAGUCCCAAUUAGCUACCAAUAUGAUCUCAAGCAAAAAGUGUUACUUAGAGUUUUAGGAGAGGAAUAUUAUUAUCAAUUCUUCGGAAUGAUGUUGUAUGAACCAGUUUCCUCACCAUCAGAGGGUACUUCUGAUCCUCUAUCCUCAAAUAAUGAAAAUCGUAGGAGAAUGGACGAAGAUUAUGCAUAUUCUCUACAAGAUGGUAGAUACUUGUUUGAAAGAGCUUCAAGCAAUUACAACAUGUUUGAUAGAUCUUAA